AUGCAGAAACAACUUCAAAUACACUCAUCUGUCUUAUCUUUGACGAAAGGGCCCAAUACAUUGACUGGAAAAAAGACAGCCUCAGGGCUGGUAAGANNCCUCAUCUUCAGAUACUUGCAGAAUAGAUCCCAGAUCCAGGUGUGGCUGUAUGAGCAAGUGAAUAUGCGGAUAGAGGGCUGUAUUAUUGGUUUUGAUGAGUACAUGAACCUUGUGUUAGAUGAUGCAGAAAGAAAUCAUUCUAAAACAAAGUCAAGAAAACAACUGAGUUGGAUCAUGCUGAAAGGAGAUAACACUACUCUGCUACAAAGUGUCUCCAACUAG